UCCAUUUCAAUAUCAGUUGUGUUUGUGCAUUUCACUAGAGUUGUACCGCUACUGUGUGUGUCAUUUUUUCCAUUCAACAUAUUUUUAUUGCUUGAAAAGCAUUUUUCAAUUUUCCACUGAAAGUCAACCGUACUAAAAUCGUGAGGAGGAGUCUACAGAAAAAAAAAUACAAUUGAACAAGUGUGAAAGUUUUUGAAGACUCUGGUCAUUUGAAAAACGUGCAUAAGUUGCAGUCAUAUGAGCAGCGGAUUCAUCAAUACCAUACGAACCUUGUCACCCACAAUGAAAUACAUUCUAGUUACCGGUGGAGUCAUUAGUGGCGUUGGCAAAGGUGUAAUUGCCAGUUCAUUUGGCACACUUUUGAAUUGCUGCGGAAUCGAUGUUACGUCCAUAAAAAUUGAUCCAUACAUCAACAUCGAUGCCGGAACAUUUUCACCAUAUGAACACGGUGAGGUGUAUGUAUUAGACGAUGGCGGUGAAGUUGACUUGGAUCUUGGUAAUUACGAACGUUUCCUGGACAUUUCGUUGUGUAGAGAUAACAACAUCACCACCGGAAAAAUCUACAAACAAGUCAUUGAGAAGGAACGACGUGGUGAUUAUCUUGGAAAAACCGUUCAAGUUGUACCACACAUAACGGACGCGAUUCAAGAAUGGGUGGAAAAAGUGGCACAACGACCAGUGAAAGGCGAUAAAAAACCACAAGUGUGCAUUGUUGAGCUAGGCGGAACAAUUGGUGAUAUUGAGGGCAUGCCAUUCGUUGAGGCCUUUAGACAAUUUCAAUUCCGUGUGAAACGUGAAAAUUUCUGUGUAGCGCACGUAUCGUUGGUGCCGAUGCCACGGGCCACCGGUGAACCAAAAACAAAACCAACACAAUCAAGUGUACGUGAAUUGCGUGGCUUGGGGCUGAGUCCAGAUUUGAUUGUGUGUCGUUCCGAGCGACCAAUUGGCAUUGAAGUAAAAGAUAAAAUUAGUAAUUUUUGUCAUGUUGCACCCGAACAAGUGAUUUGCAUUCCGGAUUUAUCAUCAAUUUAUCAUGUGCCAUUGCAAAUGGAAUCGAAUGGUGUGUUAAACUUUCUAAAAGAACGUCUACAAUUGGACUUUGUCGAUCCAAAGCAAACAAUGCAAAGUUGGCGAGAGUUGGCCUAUCGUGUUGAUAACACCCGGGGAGAGGUAAAAAUUUCGUUAGUCGGAAAAUAUACGAAAUUAGAAGAUUCAUAUGCUUCGGUGUCAAAAUCACUUCAGCAUGCAGCGCUUGCGGCCGGAUUUAAAUUGAGUUUAAAAUUCAUUGAGGCAUGCCAUUUGGAACGCGAUUUUAAAAAGGAAAAUCAACUGUUGUACUAUCAGGCAUGGCAAGAGCUAUGCGAUAGUAACGGUGUCGUUGUACCAGGUGGUUUUGGUUCGCGUGGCAUGGAAGGAAAAAUUCGCGCCUGUCAAUGGUGUCGUGAGAAUAAAAAACCAUUUUUGGGCAUUUGCUUGGGAAUGCAAGCAGCUGUCAUUGAAUUCGCCCGAAACAUUAUUGGUUUUGAAGGAGCAAAUACAACGGAAAUCGAUCCAAAUGUAGCACAUCCAUUAGUUAUCGAUAUGCCAGAGCAUCAUCCAGGCAUCAUGGGUGGAACUAUGCGACUUGGUAAACGUACAACCGUAUUUAAAGACAAUUGCACUAGCACAAUAAAGAAAUUGUAUGGAUCUCCAAAAUCAGUGGAUGAACGUCAUCGUCAUCGAUACGAAAUUAAUCCAAAAUAUGUGCCACAACUCGAAGAAGCUGGCCUCAAAUUUGUCGGCACCGAUGAAGAGGCGACACGCAUGGAAAUUGUCGAGUUAAAAGAUCAUCCGUAUUACGUUGGUGUUCAGUAUCAUCCUGAAUAUUUAUCGCGGCCAUUAAAACCAUCGCCACCAUUUAUGGGCUUGAUUUUGGCUUCCGUAGGCAAAUUGAAGGGAUAUUUGAACAAAGGCUGUCGAUUAUCACCAAAAGAAAUGAGUGAUAACAGUUCAGAUGAAGAAGUUGUGGCCAUAUCAAAACCAAACAAACAAUUGACAAAUGGCACCCAUAAGCACUGCUCAAACGGAGCCACCAGCUCAAGCAACGACGAGUACGAAAAAUGAUACGAAAGGUCCAAAUGGAAACACGGAAUCGGCUUCCAUUCAAUAUUUUAUUAAGUUAAAAAGACUCGAACCAUUAUUAGGACGACAAAAAUUCAAUAACAUCAAUACUAACAUCAGACUCAAUAUAGGAUUCUAAUGAAAUGAGAAAAUGCUUCACGGAUAGUGAAUAGAUCAAAAUCAAAUUAUUUUGUAUGUUGAAAUGAAAGAUAUUUUCAUAAGUUUAAAAAAAAGUAUAUCAUGGGGAAAAAAACUAUGAGACUAUCAUAAUUUGGAAUUAUAUUUAAAUAAAGUAUCUUUGUAUCGAUAUAAA